AUGGUUGCAACAAAGAUGAACGAGGGUACUCAGCUACCAAUUCCGGAUGCACUUAAUGCUGCAUCACCUUCAUCGCAAGAACUUGAUGAGAUCUGGGCUAGCAAUACUGUUGUCCCAGAGUCCAUCACAGGUUGUGUUCAUGACUUGAUUACUGACGUGGCGCAAAGACAACCAGAUGCCCUCGCUGUUUGCGCGUGGGAUGGAGAUUUUACCUACGCUCAACUAUCCACCUUAAGCGAUCAUGUUGCUCAUCAUCUCUGUGCAAUGGGCAAUCCACCGAGCUCCCCAGUCGCCCUUCUUUUUCCCAAGUCACGAUGGACAUGUGUUGCCAUGUUGGGUAUCAUCAAAGCUGGAUGCGCGGCCAUUGCCCUUGAUUCCACUCAUCCAGAUGCGAGACUUCGAUCUAUUAUUAGGCAUGCGCAGCCGAAAGCAAUGAUCUGCUGCCCAUCUACUCGAGAAAGAGUAUCUAUAUUGUGCGAUUCACCCAUUAUUCAGCUCGACGAUACUCUGUUGGAGACUGUGGGCACCAUAAAACAGCAGACGCCUGAUUUGCCUGUGGUAUCACCAAGAGACUUAGUCUAUAUAUCUUUUACCUCCGGAACUACGGGUGAGCCCAAAGGAGCGUGUAUUAGCCACGCCAACGUGAGAAGUGCUGUACAUCACCAGGGCAAAGCUCUUGGCUUCCAUCAAGAGUCGCGCGUCUUCGACUUUGCACCUUACUCCUUUGACGUGGCCUGGAGUAAUGUUCUUCACACGUUGUGCGCAGGCGGCUGUCUGUGCAUUGCCAACGAGCAAGAUAUGGUGAAUAACCUAUCAGCUGCUAUCACGGCCUUUGAGGCUAGUCUGAUCAAUGUCACUCCCACUGUUCUGCGAACAAUUAGUUCGGUUCCACCGACACUUCAAACUAUACUUUUGAGUGGAGAGAUGCCGUAUCGAGAAAAUGUGACUCAAUGGGCUGGCCGUGUUCGUCUGCUCAAUACGUACGGUCCCACCGAGUGUACCUGGAAAUGUACCUUCUCGCGGCUCAAUCGCUGCGAGGAAGGCCGGCCGGAUAUUGGGAAAGGAACGGGAUUCUGCCUCUGGAUCGUCAAUGCCAAUGAUAGCAGCCAGCUUGUUCCUCCUGGAACUCCGGGAGAGCUGUACCUCGAGGGACCCAUGGUUGGCCAAGGGUACCUGUCCAAUCGAGAGAAGACCAGCGAAGCGUUUAUCAACAACCCACCGUGGCUUUUAUCUGGGAGCACUAGUGUCCCGGGACGGCAAGGCCGUGUAUACAGGACCGGAGACCUAGUCAAGACCCGCUCAGAUGGAAGCAUCCUGUUUCUAGGGCGGAAAGAUGUGUCUCAAUUGAAGAUUAGAGGUCAACGGAUUGAGAUCGGUGAUGUGGAGCACCAUGCGCGAGCUUGUCUGAAUGAUGCACUGACAAUCAUUGCCGAUAUUGUGCUCCCCCAGAAAACCGAGACUGCACUGCUUGCGCUCUUUGUGCAGACUAAAAAUAAGGACGCCGAGACAGUCAAGACCAUGAUGAAUAACCUUGCGCGCGAUCUAGACGGUGUAUUGCCAGCAUUUAUGCUCCCCAGCAUCUAUCUCCCUGUUGAAGAGAUCCCGGUGGCUUCCACGGGAAAAGUCGACCGGCGAAAACUGCGAGAGCUGGGAGAUAGCUUGUCUUUGGAGCAGCUUCUUCAGUUGCAGUCAACCAUCCUGCCCGUUAAAGAAUACCGUGACCCAUCCACUGCUAUGGAGGAGCAUCUUCGUGAGCUCUGGGCACACGUAUUGAACAUACCAUCGACUGGAAUUAGCACCACAGAUAGUUUCCUCCGUUUAGGAGGGGACUCAGUUGCAGCCAUGCUGUUGGUUGCGGCAGCACGGAAUGUCAAUUUAUCCAUCACGGUGGCAGACGUGUUCAAGAGUCCAGUGCUGAGUGAUCUUGCCCUCGUUAUCAAGGAGGAUUCUUCCUCUGCUGAAGGGGAAGAAAUUGCCCCAUUCUCUCUGAUGGACCAUCCUUCGGAUAUCCAAAGAAUGCGCGAGGAGGCUGCUAAACUCUGCAACGUCGAAUUGGCUCAAGUUGAAGAUAUAUAUCCGUGCACCGCACUCCAACAGGGAAUGCUCUCUAUCACAGCUCGAAGUGAGACCAAUAACGUUGCACGGACACUAUUUGAGCUUCCAAGCCACGCUGAUCUCUCCCGGUUGGAAAAGGCAUGGCUAAGUACCACUCGUCAAGCCUCAAUCCUGCGAACACGAGUCAUAGACCUGACCAGCAAUGGUCUGGUUCAAGUUGUUGUCGACUAUCCAACCAUGCUAGAUCGCUACGACAAUAUCACCGACUUCAUCGAAUAUUCCAUUCCGAUGGGAUUGGGGGUCCCUUUGUGUCGGGCUGGCCUGAUUUCUGGAGAGUCUCCAAGUUUGAUUUUGGAAAUGCACCAUUCAAUUUUCGAUGGCUGGUCCACCAAGUUGAUAUUGGAUGCUAUUGAAGCCGAAUACCAUGAGAGGGUGACACCCUCGUCCAUCCUGCCCUUCCAGUCAUUUGUGAAAUACACAAAGGGGAUAAACAAGGAAAUAUCAUCGCUCUAUUGGAAGGCCUACCUGGACGGAGGGUCUGAAACGAAGACUUUCCCGUCUCCUGGGUAUCAGCCAGGGACAAAGCUUGAUUUCAACCAUAAUGUCUCCGAAAUGCCAUGGACCCACUCGGGAACCACACCAUCAUCAGUCGUUAGAGCAGCAUUAGCCCUGUUACUAGCCUCAUACACCAAUUCCAACGAUGUCAGGUAUGGUGCCACGAUCAGCGGGCGACAGGCCACCGUGGCCGGGAUCGAACGAAUCGCAGGACCGACGAUUGCGACUGUACCAGUCCGCGCUAAAUUUGAGUGGAAUCAAACAGUCGAGAGCUUGCUUGAACAGGUCCAAAGACAGACAGUAGAGGCCACUGAGCACGAACAGCUAGGACUGCAGCAGAUUGCUGGAUUGGUUGAAGAUGCCAACCUUUUCCAGCUACUCCUAGUAGUCCAGCCGGCUCAGCAGGCAAAUAGCCACGAGGUCGACGGUCUUUUCAGCCGGGCGAAUAGUGUUGUUAGCAGCUCUAAUCAACCCGGCAGUUUGAAAAUUGUUUGCAAGGAUGGAGAAGCCGACACUGUGGGCAUGUACAACCCAUAUGCGAUGAUGAUCAUCUGCCAAUUGCAUGAAUCUGGGGUUGAACUGAAGAUCAACUUUGAUUCCGGUGCCAUUGCAGCCAAACAAGUCCAGAGAAUGUCGAUACAAUUCGAACAUUUGCUGCGACAGCUAUGCUCGGAGGAGUGUACUCAGAUGAACCUACGCGAAGUCACUGCUCUAACUAAGGACGACUUGGCUGAUAUUUGGACAUGGAACGCAGCGCGGCUGGAGCCUAAGUUUGAAUCAAUCACCGACGGUCUUCAUCGGCAAAGCGAUGCGAAGCCAGAAGCAGUUUUGAUAUCUGCAUGGGACCAGAAAUUAACAGCUCAACAGAUUCAGGUGUGGUCCGUAAAGCUGGCUGAUCGGCUUCUUCAUGAAGGUGUCCUUCCUGGGUCGAUUGUUAUUCUGGCAUUUGAGAAAAGCGCUUGGCAGGCAGUGAUAAUGCUUGCAGCCCUCAGAGUUGGUGCGGUUGUUCUGCCGAUGUCUGUACCGGUUUCCAAAACUCGAGCCCUGCAAAUUGUUGAGAGCUUGCAGCCCCAGAUUGCGGUUACCUCCACUUCGUCUGAUUCAUCUCCCUUCCACGAAUUGAUCCCAGUCCUCAGUAUCGCUGAUCUAAUCACACCGGAAAGGAAGGUCUCCGGUGUUGUUGUCAAGUCCUCACCAUAUUGCCAUCUGCCCAGUGAUCCUGCUCUUCUUCUAUUUACUUCAGGGUCCACAGGAACACCAAAGGCCAUUGGGUGGAAUCACAGCGCUUUAUCAACCAACGUUCAAGCCGCCAUCGCGGCAUUCGGACUAACCGAUACGAGCCGAGUCUUCCAGUUUGCUGGUUACGAUUUUGAUGUGAGCACAGUAGAGACUUUGGCUACCUUGCUUGCAGGAGGUUGCUUGUGCAUUCCAUCGGAGACAGACCGAAGGAAUCGGCUGACCGAUGCAAUCAACGGCGACAAAGCCAAUUGGAUGUGUUUGACCCCGUCCGUGUCAGAGACCAUAAACCCGCGUGAUUUGCCAUCUCUACAGACAGUGAUAUUUGCGGGCGAGAAGCUUGAGCAAAAGACUGCUCUUCGAUGGCUAGACACACACAAAACCGUACAUAACUGGUACGGGCCAGCGGAAGCCUCAGUGGCCACCUCAUGCCUUGUAAACCAUGACAGUUGGCGUCCAGGUAUGAUCGGGCAAGGUCGUGCCGGGCUAGCAUGGCUUGUCGACCCGAAAGACCCAAACUUACUGGCUCCAGUGGGAGCAGUGGCCGAAUUGUGUAUGGAGGGCUAUAUGCUGGCUCGAUAUGCUGGAGUCAAUGGCGCUGUGCUGAACAAGGAGAGCUUUAUUUCCCCGUCGUGGCUGCAAGAUGGCCACUGGAAGACCCCUGGUCGACCAGGUCCGGUAUACCGUACCGGCGAUUUAGUUACCUACGACGUGGAUGGUCGUAUCAUCUACCUUGGACGCCUCCAAGAUUCUCAGCGAAAGAUCCGAGGCCAGCGGAUUGACCUAGGAGAGAUAGAGCGGUGCAUCCAAGACUUUCUGGCCGGUCUGGUAGACACGAUGCUUGUCGCAGAGAUAUUUUCUCCGGCUUGCGGUGACAAUGAUACUUUGGCACUCUUCAUUAGUCCUGCUGAUGCUGUUGACCGCGCAAAUCCCCAAGCAUAUCUUCAAAGUGCGUGGCCGGUCGAUGCUCUGGAGAAUCAUCUUGCGAGCAUUCUCCCAUCGUAUAUGAUUCCCAGGGUGUAUAUACCGCUUAGUGAACUUCCUAUCGGUCCGACGGGAAAGACAGACAGGCGGCGAUUGCGAGAGAUUGGAGGUUCCCUCACGUUGGCGCAAUUAGCAAAAAUACAACCAACCCGAAAGCAAGCCAGAAAGGUGACCACAGAGAAAGAGAAGCUAUUACAGCAAAUGUGGGCUCAUGUGCUGGGGAUUGAGCCAGAUGUCAUAUAUGCGACUGACCACUUCCUUCGCUUGGGAGGAGACUCAAUUAGUGCCAUGCGCCUCGUUGGAAUGGCCCGUACGCAGGGCCUUUCCGUCACUGUUGCCGAUGUGUUCGAUUUCCCCGAGCUCGAGAAGAUGGUCGAGAAAAUGGUCCAGGGUGAAAGUCAUGUGGAUAUGGAGGAGAUUCCAGCAUUCUCCCUUUUACCCCUUGGGGUCGACGAGUCAGAAUGUCGAUCAUAUGUCGCUCAAGUCUGUUCAGUAUCGCAAGAUCAAGUUCUUGAUGUCUACCCCUGUACAGCACUUCAAGAGGGAUUGCUGGCGCUGGGAGCCAGAAGACAAGGACAAUAUGUAUCUCGUAGUGUAUUGCCACUUCAAAGCGAUAUUGAUCCAGGCCGACUCAAAAGUGCCUGGGAAAAGACAAUCGCCAAGUUGUCUAUUAUGCGAACCCGAAUCGUGGAUCUCCCCGGCAAAGGGCUUGUGCAGGUUGUCCUCAAUGAUACACCCUGGAGGUCCGGUCAAGACAUCCAGCAGUACUUGCACGACGACGAGGCGGAGCCGAUGGCCCUAGGGACCCAGCUCUGUCGUGCGGCCAUCAUCGAUCGCACGUUCAUCUUCACCAUACAUCACUGCUUAUACGAUGGCAGCUCACUACCCAUGAUCCUCGAAGAACUCCAGGCCCAAUAUUACGAUCAGCCAGGGAAAACGGUCACUGGAGUGGAGCAUUUCAUUCGCCAUCUGAGCCAGAUAAAUACGCAGGAAUCGGACGAUUUCUGGAAGGCCCAGUUGUCUCGCGCUGAGUUCCGUUCGUUCCCUGUCUUGCCAUCCAGCACAUAUGAACCACAAGCCAGUGACUUUAUGGAGCACCCAAUUGCCCUGGACUGGCCUUCCAAGGGAGCGACCCCAUCCACAAUCCUCCGUGCAGCGUGGGCGAUCCUCGAAUCACAGUAUGUGGCCUCCAACGAUGUUAUCUUUGGCGUGACAGUGAGUGGACGACAGGCAAAUAUAAACGGCAUAGAAAACUGCGUAGUGCCAACUAUUGCAACGGUUCCAAUUGCUGUAUCAAUCGAUUGGGAGAAUACAGUUGAGACAUUCCUCCAAGUUCUCCAAAGACAGGGGUUGGACAUCAUGUCUUAUGAGCAAUACGGCUUGCCAAACAUUCAACGGGCUCACGGAGACCGUAAUGCUGGGUUGUUCCAGACCUUGCUUGUGGUCCAGCCAAUAGCUACAGGGAACAGCCUGCAUGAAGAUAGCCGUUUGUUCAAGGCACGCAGCUUUGCCUCCAGUUUAGGCACCAUGGGGAUCGAUCCUUUCAAUGUAUAUGGCCUGAUGGUCAUAUGUCAGCUUACCACCUCGGGGGUUAACUUUCAAAUGAGUUUUGACCCAAAGAUUACCGACAAGCGGCAGAUCAAACAAAUUGUCUGUCAGCUAGAGACAGUCAUUCGCCAGUUGUGUACAAAGUCCCCCGAUAGGAUGACACUGGACACCAUCCAGACAGCAAGUAAUCUCGACCUGGAGCGCUUCUGGGCCCAGAACGCAGACCUACCACCGAACCCAAGCACGUUCGUACAUGACAAGAUUACUCAAUGUGCCAAUACAGACCCCGAGGCAAUCGCCAUUGAUGCAUGGGACGGCCGAUUCACAUACGGCGAGCUGGACAAAAUCUCUACCAUUGUUGCGCGUAAGUUAAUUCGGCAUAUGGGAGUGAAGAAAGGGUCCAUUGUGCCCUUGUGCUUUGUCAAGUCUCGAUACAUGCCACUAGCUCAGGUUUCCAUCUGGAAAGCCGGCGCAGUGACCCUACUACAAUCAGCAGAUAUGCCGGAGCAAAGGAUGAAUCGUACUUUCCAACACCUUGGUGUAGAAGUUGCCCUGGCUUCACCCGAGCGGUUGGCGACGGUCUCGAAGUACGCUCGAUGUAUUACCAUGGAGCAAAUUUUGGAGACCCCAUUGGAAGAAAUUAUCACCCCACUACCCGCCCUUGAGAUGGAUAAUCCGGCCUCAAUUCUGGUAUCCUCCGGCAGUACUGGUGAGCCGAAACAUGUUCUCUGGAGUCACCGAGCUCUGGCCGCAAACGCAGAGGAACCGAGCCUGCGUUUGUCGGUAACCCCCUCUUCACGCAUCUUUCAAUUCUCAUCGUACGAUUUCGAUGUUGCCACCCUGGAAACAAUUAUUGGGCUAACUCACACGGCUUGUCUCUGUAUUCCAUCAGAAGCUCAACGUCUCGAUGGUAUCGCGGCUGCAAUUAAUCACUUCGGGGCCAACUGGGCAUUUAUCACCCCGUCCACCGCCCGGUUGCUGUCUCCACAAGAUGUACCAGGGCUGUCCACUAUCGUGAUGGGGGGUGAGAACGUGUUGAAUAGCGACGUCGAAAGGUGGAAAGGGUAUUGUGAUGUCCGCAAUUGGUACGGGCCUGCCGAAUUCCCUGCAGUUACCGUCUACCCGGCCGAUGAGCCCAAUUGGUCAAGCGGUGUGAUUGGACACAUUGACAGCUGCCGCUGCUGGCUUGUAGAUCCUCAAAACCGCCACAGACUUGUUCCAUUUGGUGCGAUCGGCGAGAUCGUGGUGCAGGGACCUGCACGCGCCAGUGGCUAUGUCGGAAAUGCGUCUCUCACAGACAAGCACUUCUACCAAAACCCCGCAUUCCUCUCUCAAGGUUUCGGGACUGCUCGUCCAGGAAGGCAGGGUUGUGUCUAUCGAACAGGGGAUUUGGCCCGAUAUGACUCCGACGGCUAUCUGGUGUUCUUGGGGCGAAAGGAUACCCAGCUCAAAGUACUUGGUCAACUAGUUGUGCCCAAGGAGGUCGAGACCCAGAUUCAACAAUGUCUUGAUGGACCAGGCGAACACACUGAGGUCAUCGUCGAUGCCAUCUCACCCCCGGGUGGAGGCGGAGUGAUACUCGUGGGGUUCAUCGUCACCCAAGAGGAUAUCAACCAAUUAACCAGCGGACUCAGCCAGAAGCUUCAAACGGUUCUUCCUCGCUAUGCAGUUCCAUCGUGGUAUAUCGCACUUUCAAGUGUUCCUUUGACUACAAACGGGAAACGAGAUCGAAGACGACUGCUUGAGAUUGCUGCGUCGUCCACUCCAUCCAGCCAAGGAUCCACGAAACGGCUACCAGUAACGACCGCUGAGAUCACGUUGGCGAGGUUGUGGUCUCUCACUCUAGGAAUGGAGCAGGAGACAAUUUCGGCCACCGACAGUUUCCUGCAGGUUGGUAACUCCAUUGAUGCCAUGCGAUUGGUAGGUACUGCUCGCCAACACGGCCUGCUGCUCACUGUGGCCGGGGUGAUGGAAUUUCCCAUCUUAGAAGAGAUGGCCAGCCUGCUGCAAAACCUCGAAGAUGCACCAGAUGACAACAUUGAGCCGUUUACACUGUUGGAUCCUGGCAUAGAUCAGAAGCUCGCCCGCCACCAAGCAGCAUCCGCUUGCACUGUCAAUGAGGCCGAUAUUGAAGAUGUAUUCCCUUGCACAUCUCUCCAGACGGGUCUGCUAGCUUUAACAAUCAAGUCUUGUGGGGAUUACAUCGGUCGCAAUGUGCAGGAGCUAGGCCCUUCGAUAGAUGUCCACCGCUUCAAAAACGCGUGGGAAGACCUGGUGCGCAACGUGCCUAUCCUUCGCACACGAAUUGUUGAUCUUCCUACGCAGGGAUUUGUUCAAGUCGUGAUCCGAGAGAAAGCCGCCUGGAGCAAGGCUGGGAGCGUGGAAGAAUACCUGAGCCAGGAUCAUCAGUAUCCCAUGGGGUUGGGAACCCCUCUCAUGCGUUGUGGAUUGUUUUCAUGCAAGUCAGCCAAUGAAACAUCUGAUUGUUCCGAUCCAGUGCGCUGGUUCUUUGCAUUGACUAUGCAUCAUUCGAUAUAUGAUGGGCCGGCUUCAGCCAUGAUAAUGGACACGCUGAAGAGUCUAUACUAUGGGGAAACGCCUCUUCGACUAUGUCCCUUCCAGGCUUUCGUAAAGUACGUCUGCAGUCGGAAUAAGGAAGACGGAGCCAAGUUUUGGAAAACACAAUUUGAAGGCUGCGAAGUUUCGCAGUUUCCACUGCUUCCCUCGGCUAGUUACCAGCCAAGAACAAAUUCCACCCGAACAGUUGUAAUCGACAACGUUAAAUGGCGAUCUGAUGGGUUCACUUCUUCUACCAUAAUCCGUGGAGCAUUCAGCCUCGUAUGCGGCCAAUAUGCGAUCUCGUCCGACGUGGUGUUCGGCACAGUUGUCAUGGGCCGCAAAGCCCCUAUUCAGGGCACGGAGAGAAUCGCAGGCCCAACCAUUGCCACAGUUCCUGUGCGUGUGCAAAUCAAAAGCGAUGCUACUAUUCCACAAUUUCUCCAAUCUAUUCAGGACCAAGAGCGAGAGAUGGUCCCUCAUGAGCAAACAGGAUUAUCGAACAUCCGGCAAGUCAGCACUCCGGCAGAAGAGGCAUGUCGCUUCCAGACCUUGCUCGUGAUCCAACCACCCGAGCAGACUAUGGACGAUACUGGCUUAUUUGUCUGCCGGUCUGUCGAACAGGAUGAGGCCACUCGAUACCAUAGCUUUAGCUCUUAUGCAUUAUCGGUGGUGUGCAACCUGGAGCCAGGUCGACUGAAGGUCGAAUUUUGCUAUGACUCUGCCAUUGUCCAGUCUGAAACCAUUCUAACCAUGGCAGCGCACCUGGAUCAGUCCCUUCGAAGUAUGUGCACACAAGAAUUGCCCCAUACUACGCUGGGAGAUGUAAACAUGAUGACACAGUCUCAUCUAAAUGACAUCUGGACCUGGAACGCAAAUUUGCCUGCCGCUAUAGAUCGAUGCAUGCAUGAUCUAAUCAAGGAAGUUGUUCAACGCCAGCCCGACACAUUGGCCAUCUCUGCGUGGGAUGGUAGUUUAACAUAUGCUGAGUUAGACCGGCUGUCAACCAGGCUCGCAGGUCACCUGGUGCAGAUGGGGGUGAAAAAGAACAUGAUUGUGCCGCUUUGCUUUGAGAAAAGCUUGUACGCCAUGCUCGCCGUCCUUGGCGUUAUAAAAGCCGGCGGCGCCACUCUCCUCUUAGAUCCCUCAUUGCCAGAUUCUCGUCUUGAUGGUAUAUUGCAGCAGGUAGACCCCACUGUUCUAUUGUCAUCGAUCUCCCAGGAACAGCGUUGUUCACGAUGGGUGGCUCACCCACUCGCCUUGGGGAAGGGAUCCAACCUCUUUGAGGCCGAUGGGUUGAAUGGAACCACCGAAAGUCACGACCUGCCAUUUGUAUCUCCAGAUGAUCUUUUAUACACCGUCUUUACAAGUGGCAGCACCGGAACCCCCAAAGGAUGUCUCAUGCAUCACCAACAAUUCACCAGUGCAGUCGUCCACCAGCAGGCCACGCUUGAAAUGAAUUCAACAACGCGCCUGUACGAUUUCUCCUCCUACUCCUUUGAUGCAGUCUACUGGUGCCUCUUUCACGUAUGGAACGCCGGAGGCACGUUAUGUAUUCCCAGCGAGGAAGAACGGAAAAGCGAUCUGACCGAGAGCGUGCGUCGGUUUGAGACCACGCACAUUUUUUUAACUCCCUCCACUGCACGAUGGAUAGACCCAAAACGUACUCCUUCCCUGCGCUAUCUCUUUCUCGGGGGUGAGGCAGUCUUGCCAGAUGAUCUCUCUCGAUGGUCCCCACAUGUCAACACAUUUGAGGUAUAUGGACCUUCAGAAUGCUCUGCUAUUACCCUCUAUCAUCGAGUUCCCAAGACGACAGCCGCUGCCGUGCACUCUAUUGGGAAAGGCAUUGGUGUUCUGACCUGGGUGGUGGACCCCGGGAACCAAGACCGAUUGGCACCUCUUGGAAUGGUAGGUGAGCUGUAUCUCGAGGGACCUCUGGUGGGGCAAGGUUACUUUGAGAAUGAAGAGAAAACAGCAGCCUCCUUCAUUGAGAAUCCAUACUGGUUAGGUCAGGGCUCCCCUGAUGGAACAGUGCCAGGACGGCGUGGCCGGAUGUAUAAGACUGGUGACCUUGUCAAAUAUCAUCCACUCACUGGAAAUCUCGCAUUCGUGGGCCGAAAGGACACACAGGUCAAACUGCGAGGCCAACGUAUCGAGCUUGCAGAUGUUGAGCAUCAUGUUAUGCAGUGCCUAAUGGAUCGAUCUUCAUCAGGAGCUGCGCCGACGGCAGUGGCGGAGGUUAUAGAGCCAAUAGCCACAGGUCGGCCGAUGCUUGCCGUUUUUAUCGACUGCAACCAAGCACAGUUGGCCGAUUUGUUGCCCUAUCUCGAAGCUGAGUUGCCGAGUCGGGUUCCAUCCUACAUGGUACCUGCAACUUACAUCGCAACCCCAUCUAUGCCCAUGGCGGCGAGUGGCAAGAUAGACCGACGACGGUUGCGCGAGAUGGGUUCCAGUUUGACUCUAGAACUCUUGGCACGCAGCGAUGCCCCUACAACUACGUUGUCCCCCAGCACGGCCUCUGAGUGCCGCCUGCAAACUUUAUGGGUUGAAGUCCUCGGUGUACCAGCCGACAAGAUUGGGGCCGAAAGUAGCUUCGUUCGUCUGGGUGGCGACUCCAUUUCGGCGAUGCGGUUGGCCUCUUUGGCUCGUAUCCAAGGACUGUCCUUGUCGGUUCAUAAUAUUCUCACGACGCCUCGAUUGUCCGAGAUGGCGCAAGCAAUGUCUACCUUGAUUUCAACAGACGCUAAUGAGAUAGAAGUGAUCAACCCCUUCUCUCUCCUCAAGCACGCCUCGGAACAAAACGUUAUCUUGGAUGACUUCGCGAGCCAAUGCCGAAUCGAUGUCAGUCAAAUUGAAGACAUCUUCCCUUGUACGGGUGUCCAAAAGUCGCUGCUCUCCAUGACUGCCAAACGCGCCAACUCGUAUGUUGCUCGACUCUUGCUCAAACUGAGGAAGAAUGUCGAUGAUUCACGGCUCAUAAAUGCAUGGGAAAUGGUCAGUAGAGCUUCUGCCCCCAUCCUUCGUUCACGAAUUGUGGACUCUCCAACGGAGGGGCUCGUGCAAGGUAUCGUGGAUGAACCGCUACACUGGGAUGUCACCCAACCUCUGCAACAAUAUCUCCAAAAAUAUCAGACCAGGCCCAUGGGUCUCGCCACACCAUUGACUCGGCUUGUCAUUGUGGAAGAUGAACGCAACCAGGAGCGUUAUUGUCUGCUAACCCAGCAUCAUGCGAUAUAUGAUGGCUAUUCAUUGAACCUUCUCGUGGAUGAGGUGUCUAAGGCUUAUGAUGGUGCCCUUGAUGAUCAUACCCCAGUGGCAUCAUUCCAAGCUUUCAUCAAGCAUGUCAUAGCGGUUGAUGCUGAGAAGACAAAGGACUUCUGGGGUCGUGAAUUUGCAGAUUUUGAGGCAAUCCCCUUCCCAGCAUUGCCUCAUGCGGAUCAUCAACCUAAAGCAGAUAGCACAGUACGACGUAAUCUGGAGGCAUUCCAGUGGCCACAGCGAGAUGUCACUCCGUCAACCAUCAUUCGUGCGUCGUGGGCUAUCCUCACUGCGCGGUACAUGGACUCGGACGAUGUGGUUUUCGGCGCCAUGGUUACAGGCCGACAAGCUCCUCUCCAAGGUCUGGACCGCAUGGUCGCGCCUCUUAUAAAUGCUGUGCCUGUCCGAGUCAAACUUGAUUUCCAAGAAUCAGUUGAUAGUCUGCUCACUAACAUCCAAAAGCAGUCCAUCGACAUGAUUGCCUACGAACAGACUGAGCUGCUCACAAUUCGGCGCAUUGAUACAAACACUGAUAGAGGAAGCCGAUUCAAUACUCUUCUCGUUGUUCAGCCUGCAAGUCAAGGCCAGUCUGUCGAUGAUUCUAAUGGCCCCUACGAGCAUCCCAGGAAACUAGUGUCUGCAACUCAGGAUCUGGAUGACUCCAAUCCAAAUGCUAUCAUGAUCAUGUGCCAACUUACAAACACGAAUGGCCUGCAGCUCGAGUUUAGCUUUGAUUCUAGGGUGGUGGAUGCAGCGCAGAUGGAACGUAUUGCCUCUCAAUUUGAGCAUGUCUUGCGUCAAGUAUGUAUAGCCACGACGCAGCCUGUCGAUCACAUUCAGACUCUCAGUGGCGCCGACCUAGGAGAGCUAUGGGAGUGGAACUCGUCUGUCCCCUCGGCAAUUUCUGAAUGCGUGCACAGCUUGAUUACUACAACUGCGCAGAAUUAUGGAGACCAGCCAGCCAUCUGCGCCUGGAACGGGAAUUUGUCGUAUUUUGAGCUGGACCAACUUUCUAACCGGUUGGCCUCGCACUUGAUGGCUUUUGGUGUUGGUCCCGGUACCGUCGUUCCACUUUGCUUCGAGAAGUCCAUGUGGCAUCCAGUUGCAGCCCUUGGAGUGAUGAAGUCAGGGGCUGCGUGUCUCUCAAUGGACUCGACUCAACCAGAAUCCCGACUGCAGUCCAUUGUUAGACAAGUCAAUCCUCGGGUUGUUCUAGCAUCUGCCAAAACUGCCGGAUUGGCAGGUCAUUUAUCCGAGGCUGAAGUCAUGAUUAUUGACCAAGAUUACCUCGACAAGGUGGCUAAAGAUAUUCCCACCCAACAUUUACCCACAGUUCACCCGUCUGAUGUGCUAUACGUGGUAUUCACUAGCGGCUCCACGGGAACGCCUAAAGGCGUUGUUACUACACAUCAGAAUUUUGCAUCUGCUGCAGUGCAUCAGGCAGAGAUGCUGCGUAUUCAACCAGGCACACGCGUAUUUGACUUUGUCUCGUACAGCUUUGACGUAUCAUGGUCCAAUACCCUUCAGACAUUGAUCCGCGGAGGCUGCCUUUGUAUUCCUGACGAGUUGGAGCGUCGAAAUGACAUUGCGGGGGCCUUCAAUCGCAUGAAUUGCAACUAUUCCUAUUUCACCCCCUCUGUGGUGCGAUCCUUGGAGCCAUCAAGCAUGCCUGGACUCAAAACCUUGGCCAUGGGGGGUGAGCCUAUCCCCACCACCGAGAUUGCGCGGUGGAAGCAGGCUGAGGCCGUCAUUGGAAUCUACGGUCCAGCUGAGUGUGCACAGGCCCUCACGUUCACUCUUCUCAACCCUAACGGGCGCAACAAUCAUGUAGGGUACUCAUAUGGGGCCCGAACAUGGCUGGUGCAACCGGGCUAUCCCAAUCGUCUGGCCGCAAUUGGCGCUGUGGGAGAGCUACUCAUUGAGGGUCCCACGGUUAGUCGGGGGUAUUUUGAUGACUCUGAGAAGACUACCGCUGCGUAUAUCCAGAACCCAUCCUGGUUGUUGGAAGGCGCACCAAGCGUCGCGGGCCGUCAGGCCACCCUAUACAAGACGGGUGACCUACUUCGAUACAACUCAGAUGGUUCGCUAGAUUUCCUCGGCCGUAAGGAUGGUAUGGUCAAGCUGCGAGGCCAGCGAAUUGAACUGGCUGAAGUUGAAUACCAUAUCCGUGCUAACCUGCGCCAUCCUGAUCUCUGUGAUGGCCUUGCGGCAGAGAUUAUUACCCCCAACAACAGCAGUCCCAUUCUCGCCGUAUUUUUCGCCCUGUCUUUCCCUGGAGAGGCGCGGUCCGAGGAAGAAACUUUAUCGAACCUGACACGCUUGAUCGAUGGCUUGGAGGAUAGGCUUUCUAAUUGUCUACCCCAAUACAUGAUUCCUGGCGCCUACAUUCCCAUUGAAAAGAUCCCAAUGACUACCACGGACAAAACAGAUAGAAGAACUCUACGGCAGUUGGGAGCCGUUCAGACUUUGGAGAAGCUGGCCAAACUGCAGUCCCACGGGAAGACCCAUCGUGUUCCCACUACCGUCAUGGAACAAAAGCUGCAAGUGCUAUGGUCGGUGGUUCUUGGAAUGGACGCGAACACCAUCAAUGCCGACAGCAAUUUUCUCAGAAUUGGUGGAGAGUCCAUCGCAGCCAUGCGACUGGUGACAGCGGCACGGAAUGAGAACCUCACGCUCACAGUCGCGGAUAUUUUCAAUGCACCGCAGCUCUCUCAACUCGCCCUUUUAGUGAAGGAAGCCACUACGGAGGAGCCUCUGCCAUUGUUGCGUCCCUUCGCUUUGCUCGAGACGGAUGAUCCAAAGCCUUUCCUCGCUCACUUUGUCGAUCCGCUCCUUGACCCAGGGGCUGGGGCUGUUCUCGAUGUGCUUCCUUGCACCGACUUCCAAACCUGUGCAAUUUUGGAUGCUUUCCAAGACCCGCCCAGCCGAUUGCCGCAUUGGGUCUUCGAUCUUCCAGCAGAUGUCGACUUCUCACGGUUAGAGAGGUCGUGCCGGAAGCUAGUAGACCACCACGACAUCCUUCGUACAGUGUUCAUUGAAACACACGGUCGAUUCUGGCAGGUCUUGCUCGAACAUUUGAAUCCCGCGUACGACAACUUCCAGGCAAAUAAUGACGAUGAUAUUACGGCCUUCGUUGAUUCCAUUUGUGAGCUGGAUAGGAAAAGGAUUCGAACAUUUGGCUCUUCCUUUAUUCGAUUCAUGGCAGUACGGAGUCCCUCUGGGCAGCACCGACUUAUUUUCCGGAUCUCGCACGCCCAGUUUGACGGUUUUAGCUGGGAUACGGUCCUCCGCAGUCUCUCUUCACUCUACUGCGGCAACACUCUCCCUGACCAACCAACGUUUGCCCAAUAUAUCACCUAUAGGGAAGACGAGAAGGCAAACUCCUUCGCAUACUGGGCCUCACGACUCAAACACGCUUCAAAUCCCAACUGGAGUAGUGUAGAUUACUCCAACCGUGUGUACACUACCAUGGACCGGCUGACGGUGAAGGCGACGGUCCCAAUGCCCGAAGGCCGGUUUGUUGAAGGGAUGUCGCCCGCAACUUUAUUCCAUGCCGCAUGUGCCAUAGUAUUGUCCCGCCAGUACCAACAAGCUCAUGUUGUUUUUGGUCGCCUGGUCACUGGCCGGUCGAUGCUUCCGAGCAGUCUGCAAAAUGUGGUUGGUCCAUCUAUGACUGAGAUCCCUAUCAGUGUGCACAUUGAUUCCCAUGCUACUCUUUCGGGCAUUGCAUUGCAAUUACAGCGUCAGCUCAUUGAGGAUUCCCAAUACGAAACCGCCGGCAUGGAAGAAAUUAUCCGGAACUGCACUGAUUGGCCAGAUGACGCAAAGGACUUCGGCUGGCGGACCUCCUUCCAGCAAGAAGAUGAUCGUAACUUCACUUUCCUCGGGACAGAAAGUCGGAUAUCGUUCUACGAGCCGGAUCUGCUGCCUCGAAACCGACCGGAAAUCUAUGCUACCCCACACGAUGGGAAGCUUGAUCUUGAAUUCGAGGGUAAUCGCCAGUUGAUCAGUGAGGAUGAUGUUCAACGCUUCAUUCGAGGUCUGGAAACAGUGUUGAGUGGUCUUUGA